ACUUACAGAAUCACAGAAGAGCUUCAUCAGUAAACAUUUUAUUACUCUAGUACAGACAGACACCAGUAUAAUAACUCAGAUCUGCUGAUCCCUGUUAGUUAGAACACGAGUGAAGGUAGAUUGUUUAUAUGUAUUUAAAUGCAGCCUGCAGGAUGUAAACAUCAGGACGUGACGUGUAACCAAACCCACAAACACUUUAACCCAAUCAGCACCGGGCUGGGCGGUGUGACCAAACAUCUGUAUCACGGUAUUGUUUAAGAUCCUGACGGUUUCCCGGUAUAUCACGAGCCCUGACGUCAACCCCACUGAAGAGUUUGAGCUUUCUUCCCCAACCAGUCGAAGAGAUCACUGUUCCAUGUACUUUGAAAUGUCUUGCGCUGUGUUCACUGCACUCGGCGUCGUCGCUUUGAGUUUAGUGGCGGUAUUAUGGCGCAAGUGUGCGGGUGGCGGGUGCAGUGUUUUCAGCGCGGUGCAUCAGUACAUGUACAUCAGGUGGGUAACCUGGGUGGGGCGACGCCAGAGACAGCAGCUGGAGAAAGACACACUGAACGUGAGGACGGCGCAGGAGACGACAUUGCUCAAACAUCUGAGAUCCAGCAAGGACACCCUGUAUGGGCAGAAGUACCAAUUCAGCUCAAUCACAGAUAGUAAAGAUUUCCGAGAGCACCAUCCCAUCACCACCUGCGAUCAUUAUGAGAAACUCAUACAGCAAGUUGCUGCUGGUGAGAAGAAGGUUCUUGUCACAGAGACGCCGCUUCUAACCAUGACGUCAGGGUCAUCGGGCUCCAGUAAGAUGCUUCUGAACACCAAAGAGAUCAACAAAGAGUACUUCUCACAGGGAGUAUCGGUGUGUGCAGACGUGUUGACAAAGGCUUUUCCGAACAUGCCAAGAUUUCUAAAGACCUUCAGGCUUUGUUACCCGCACGCUGAGCGUUAUUCUGAUGCAGGAGUUCGUAUCGGAGCCACACGGUCGUCUGCUGGACUGAUGUUCCACAUGUACACGAGUCCUGCUCCUGUCUUCCAGGUCCGGAAUGAGACGUCUGCGCUGUACCUCCAGCUCCUGUUUGCUCUGAAGGAGAAGAAUGUUGGGACUGUGGAGUGCACUUUCUGCUCAGCACUGUUUGAUGCCUUCAGAUUCCUGGAGGUGCGUUGGGAGGAGCUGGUCGAUGACAUCCAGGUAGGUCGUAUUAGCUCGGGUCUGGAUCUGGACGUCAGGAUCAUAUCGGCGCUGGAGAAGUCCAUCAAGCCGGACCGGAUCAGAGCGGCGGAGCUUCGAGCCGGGUUCGACGAGGGGUUCGAGGGUAUUGCUGUCAGGUUGUGGCCCCGUUUACACCUGAUUCAGAGCGUGGAUUCUGGUCCGAGUCAGAUCUACGGAGAGAAUCUGAGACAGAACUACUGCAGAGGGGUUCAGUUCUACUCACCAGUCUACACAGCUGCUGAAGGACUGAUCGGGGUGAAUCUGUGGCCCCUGCAGGAGACUCGGCGAUAUUUGCUCUGUCCUCGAUCUAUGUUCCUGGAAUUCCUGCCGGAGGAGAAUUUAAACACACUCGACACUCAGCACACCCCGAACACACUCCUCAUGGACGAGGUGGAGGAGGGCAAGAGUUACGAGCUCAUCAUCACCAGCGCUGCUGGACUGUUCAGGUAUCGUAUCGGAGACGUGAUGAAGGUGGUCGGGUUCUAUAAUCAGUGUGCAGUGGUGGAGUUUCUUUACCGAUGUGGCCAGAUGCUGAACGUUCGAGGUGAAAAGGUGAACGAGUCGGUGUUUUUAGGUGCUUUAAAUAAAGCAGUGACACAGUGGGCCGGCGCCAAACUGGUAGAUUACUGCUGCGCUGAGAGUGGAAUUCUGGGAGACUCAUCAGGAGGAGCUCAGCCACAUUACCAAGUGUUCCUGGAACUGACAGGAGUCCGAAACCUCACCGAGGAUCAAAGAUAUAAGUUGGACGUGUGUCUUCAGACUGACUGCACCAUCUACAGGUCCUUCCGGAUCAAGGGCAGCAUCGGACCAAUGAGGGUGCAUCUCGUUAAAAGGGGGGCGUUCAGGGAGCUGAAGAGUCACAUGACUUCCCUCUUCAGCACCUCCUUAAACACGUUUCAGAUGCCGCGGGUCAUUCGGGGGAGAGAGUUCGCCGAUUUCCUGCUGAGGAGAACUGUUUCCUGAGAGGCAUUUUAGUAAUGAACUGUGUGUGUGUGCCAGUUUAGUCCUGUCCACAUCCCGACUGUUCCAUUUAUUUAUUUUCCUUUUUUUGACUGUCAUGGAGUUUUUCACAAUAUGUUGGAAUGUUUUCCUCAAGAUUUUAAACAGUGUCUGUGGGAAUUUGUGCCCAUAUAGUUGAAAAAGCAUUUGCGAGGUCAGGUACUGGCCCUAACUCAAUAAUCAGUAGGGGCGUCCACAUACUUUCGGCUAUAUAGUGUGUAGUGUGGGUAGCACUGUUGCCUCACAGCAAGAAGGUCCUGGGUUCGAUCCCCAGGGGCGCGGUCCGGGUCCUUUCUGUGUGCAUGUUCUUCCCGUGUCCGCGUGGUUUCCUCCGGGUGCUCCGGUUUCCUCCCACAGUCCAAAGACGUGCAAGUGAGGUGAACUGGAGAUACUAAAUUGUCCAUGACUGUGUUUGAUAUUAAACUUGAAUUGAUGAAUCUUCUGUAAUGAGUAACUACCGUUCCUGUCAUGAAUGUAACCAAAGUGUAAAACAUGACGUUAAAAUCCUAAUAAACAAACGAACAUA